ACCUUAGACCCCCAAUGACAAUGACGGAACCACUCCGCCAGACACUUUGAAAAGAACCCCACCAUCUAAUCAAUCUAAUCGCCGACCCAAGCCACGCCGCCCACUAUAGGAAACCCACCGCAGAACCAAGCACCUCCGAUUUUCGACAAUCUCCCAGCCCAAAGCUGCCACCACCCCCCGGAACCCGAUCGUCGCUCUUUUCGAAACCACCAGAUACCCUCACAAUCACAUACAAGAUGGCAAAUCAAAUAACAGAGGCCUCGCUAAAGCAGGCCCUCACUGAGCGUCUGCAGGCAAUCCACGUCGAGAUCUCGGAUAUGUCAGGCGGCUGCGGUCAAGCCUUCACCUCGACAAUCGUCUCCCCCGCCUUCGAGAAGCAAACCUCCCUCAAGCGCCACCGCCUCGUCAACGCCGCCCUCAAGGACGAGAUCGCUCAGAUCCACGCCUGGAGCGCAAAGUGCCAGACACCCGCCGAGUGGGAGCGCGAUAGGGCUGCCGCCGGCGGAGGCAGCGACGGCCCGCCGAUGGACGGGACUGUCGGCGGCAGGGUGGAGGGUGUUGCGCAGUGAGAAAAAAAAAACGAAGAGAAUUCGGACAGACACACCGCACCGUAUCGCACCGGAAUUGGGACUGGACUAGACCGGACUGGCCUGCCCCGGUUGGAGAGAGGAUAGCAUUAUGCAUCACCAGUCGACACUUCGCGCCGAACACGGAGAUGACUGGGCCGCUUAGGGCGACAUGAACAUAUACACAGGGCGAUACGUCCCUAUACAAGGCAGGAAAAGAGACGCCACGCAUGAGAUCACCAAAAGAACAUGGAGGCAUCUUGGGAGGACGGCGCGAUAGGUGUUUGGUCUAGACACCCCCCUUUUCGAGUAUAUACAUGAGUUUUUCGCGGAAAGCAGAAAAGCAGAAGCA